AUGCGUUCCCUAACCUUUGCAAGUCUGCUGCUCGGCGCGGCAGUGGCACAAAAGACUCAAGUCAGCACUACUGUCUACGACCAGCUCACUCGUUAUGCGCGCUUUGCCUCGGCCGCGUACAGCUCAAACUGCGCGAAUCCGCCUUUCGGCUCGUCAGUGGAGAAGAUGUUCGAUGAGGCGACCACCGAUACGCAGGCCACACUCUUCCGCGAUCAGAGUGCCCAGGAGUAUAUCCUGUCGUUCCGAGGGACUUCCAGCAUCCAAGACUUCGUGACAGAUUCGCAGCAAGACUUGGUUCCCUGCUCGGCCGCCCACGGUAUAUCUUGCGCCGGGUGCACCUGCUUUCAAGGCUAUCUUGGGCAAUAUGUCUCCGUCCAAGACGACAUUGUCACCACUUUGACAUCAAGCCUCGCUGCGAACCCUGGGUACAAGCUCGUCGUGACCGGUCACAGUAUGGGAGGGGGUCUUGCCUCCCUGGCCGCCGCAUCUCUUCAGGGCCAGAACUUCACGCUCACCGCAUACACCUACGGUCAGCCGCGCACAGGAAACCCAGCCUAUGCGGACUAUAUUGACUCAGUGUUCACCGGAUCGAACAAGAUGAUCCGCGCAACGCACUCCAACGACGGAGUCCCGCAGAUCCCGGCCCAGUCGGACGGGUACCGCCACCACACGACCGAGUACUGGGAGAGCGACGACAACGCGUCGGCCGAGGGGACCUACCAGUGCACAGGACAGGAGCCCCAGGACUGCAACCAGAGCGAGCCGGGCUAUGGCAUCGGCAACGAUGGAAUUGGCAUCAACCUUGCCCACCUCUGGUACUUCGGGGUCAGUAUUGGCAACCCGCUCAGCCCGAACGCAGCUUGCUGAGAGAGUGCAUGGGUGGGUGGGCCCGGGCCGGGUCUGUGGCUUUCGUGUUUGUGGGGACGUAAUGAAAAUCUGGGGGAACCGACUGCGCCAAGAGCUCAAAAGGGUGGGCCG